CUCGUCUGAGCUCAGAGUCAGGUUGUAAACACGUAUAUGAAAUUGCACUCUUAUUUAUUAUAACGAUGUUUUCAUUUUAAGAAAAAAGAAGCAUCUUACUCGCAGCUUGUUGCCAGUGCAGGAUGAGGACUCUGUUUUGAAUCAACAGGGACAAAAGAAACGCCACGCAAAGCGUCGCUUCAGCUGCCUGAUCUCAUUUUCUUCAGUUUUGGAGCUAAUUCAUCCGGACUGAGUCAAAAUGCCGCAGCCUGAAACCCAGCAGACAACUCCGACACCAGCGACAGAAAUACUGGAUCCAGCAGUUCACUACCUGCGUCGGAGGAAAACAGCUCUGUGGGUGACGGUGUCUCUGCUGGCUCUGUCUCUGGUGGUGAUGGCUGUGGGUCUGAUCUCUGCCACUCGCACCGACAACGUGCCUGUGGCUGGAUAUUACGCCGGCAUCGCCCUGAGUUUUGGAGCAUUUCUGGGAAUUGUUGGCAUCCACCUGUUGGAAAACCGCAGACCGAUGCUCGUGGCAGCGAUCAUAUUCAUCAGUAUUGGAGUCAUCUCGUCUUUCUUCUGUGCCAUUGUUGAUGGGAUCAUCGCUUCAGAGUUCAUUGACAUAAGGCCUUUGCAGGAGAACAUGUGUGACUUUUACGCCAGUGGAGCGGGCUACGCCUACGACAGCUACUAUACUGAGGUGACGUGCCGUUCGUAUGAAAAAACGUGCAAGCUGAAGCUGAGGAGCAACACCUGCUACUGCUGCUACCUGUACAACUGUGACAGGCUGCACCAACAACUGGUCCCCAUUCAUUUCAGUACACUAUACAGUACUACACCAGUAAGCGUGCAGAUAGGUGACCCUUGUGGGCGACUGUGGCUCAGGAUGCAGAGCGGUCGCCUACCAAUCGGAAGCACAAAUUACCACACGCAGUACUACGCGUUCACCGGGGUCAGCAGCUGCUGGGACGUGAUCCACCUGCACCGUCUGCUGUGGGCCUCAGUGGUGCUCAACGUGGUCAGCUUGUUCCUGGGCAUCAUCACGGCCGCCCUCCUCGGAGCAUACAAGGAUGUGCAGAAGCCGACUCUCCAGAUUGCUCCCAGCCCCACACCCCCACCCCACAUCCUGUACAACCCGACCCAGCACAUGCUCACCUACGCUGGCUUCUGCCCUUCAGGACAGAGUCUGCCCACCUACCCCAACUAUCCAAUACCUAUGCAGCACAACAGCAGCUAUCAGCAACCUGCUACUCCCCAGAUGAUCCCUGAGGGAGGUCAUGCCUCCAACUCCUGCCUGUCUGAGGAGAACCAGCAGCAGCCCUCUCAGGCGCCUACCCAGCCACAGCCUCAAGGAACCACACAGGAACCGGGGGGCUACAUGCUGACACCCAACGCUCCUGUCCUCUACGGAUCCGCCUACAGCCCCUUUGAAAAGCCGCCACCUUACGCCUGCUGAGCCCAGAGACAAACAUCUGGGGCAUGUUGGAGAAGAAAUAUCUGGUCAGAGUGAAAGUAGCACAAGACAUUUCAUAGGUGACCUUGUAGACGGAAACCCCCUCAGUGAGCUUGACGACUACUCUGUACUGAUAGAAAUGCUACAUUUCAUGUGGUUGCACUGAGGAGAGACACAGAUUUAGAACUAUGUAGUGUGAUUAUAAAGACAUGAUUAUGUUAUUUCAUGUGUAUUCAUCAAAAGAACAGUUUGGGAAAUAUGCUUAUUCGCUUUCUUGCGGGGAGUUAGAUGAGAAGAUUGAUACCACUCUGAUAUCUCUUGGUGAAUAUGAAGCUACAGCUGGCUAACUUAGAUUAGCACAAAGACUGGAAACUGGGGGGAAACAGCUAAACCGGCCUAAGCACCUCCAAAUCUCACUAAUUAACACGUUAUAUCUCGUUAGUUUGUUGUAAACUGGUCAUGUACAGGACUAUUUAUUGGUGGCAGUUGCCAGGCAACCGGCAAAGACUCCAGGAAGUUACUGCUCAUCUCACUCUCGGCAAGAAAGCAAAUAAGCACG